CCCUAUUGGUUUUUCUCCAUUUAUUAUUAUUAUUAUUAUUAUUUUCCAAACAUAAUCGCAUUUUUGAGGGCCUAAACAUGCUCGAAAACUCACGAAACUGGGGCAAAAUGGCUCAAUAGCGCCACCUAUAAAACUUCAACGGUGUGUGCCUCGGGCUGCGUUCGACGUACAUAUACGAAAUUCGAUACAUACGUGUACCGUCCCAUUACCUACAAAAAAGUAGGUAGUAAGUAGGAGCUAAGUCCUAAACACAACAGGAAGUCAGCCAUUUUGAAUUUCCUGUGUGAUUUUUGUGUAGUUUUUGCCAUUUUCUGGCCUCAUACUUUAACGAACUCCUCCAACAGUUUUAAUCCGAUCAUCUUCAAAUUUGGUUUGUGUAAUCAUAAGGCUUGUUAUAUAAUAACAUUUCUUUUAUUAUUUUGUAAUAUCAGCCCUGAAAGUGCAAAAAAAAAUGCCAGUGUAUGUAAGUGAAAUUACAUAUAGAAAUAAGUAAUACAAAAUAAGAAGUAGUUGUAAGAGGAACAACUGAUCUAAUUAUUAAUUUCAUGUAAAGGUUUGAUUUUGGUUACCCGUACCACAUGCACGUAUUCAAAUAGCCUUUGCAUCAACUAUUUGAUUGGCUGUGUUCACUGUUCUGCUGUGUCGCAAAGGGAAAUGAUGUGAGUUUGGUCACUGAUAAACUAGUACUGUACAUGGAGGCAGUAGCUUAAUGAAAUCUGGUGUAUCAGACCACUGGCUUGCAUGCAAUACUGUUUGGGGUGGAGCACAGUUUCGAUCCCUCAUCUCUGAUUAGUCAAGAUGGUGAGAAUCCAUUCAGAUCUUAAGACCGAAGCACAGGCCUCAGUGGACAGGCUGGUAAUCUGUGAGUCCUUACUGCUGUUGAGUAUUAGCUCUCCAAAAGCAGGGCUUAAGCUCAGGGGUUUUAAGAGCAAACAACCUGCUUUUCAUCGUGCUAACCUGACAGCCAUAGACCACCAGCGACAUGAGAGCGGUCCAUUUCUUCCUGCUGCUGGGCCUGGGCCUCAUCCUCCUCACGGCUCACAGUGAGGCGCUGAAGUGCUACACCUGCAUGGGCUCUACAGAUGAAGACUGUAAUCGCCAGGGCUCCAAAACGUGUCCGAGCUACUCAGAUGCAUGUGCUGUUGUUCGGGGACAUGGGAGUGGUGUAAUGAAGUCGUGCUCGUACAAAUCCUUCUGCAGCCAGGCUAACAGCCAGGGCUACAGAGCUCCAGGGGUCAAAGUUCACUGCUGCUACUCUGAUGACUGCAAUGUGGCAGGACACGGCACCAGAAACAGCACAGGCUUCGGCUUCCUUCUGGGCCUUCUGUUAUUCGUCUGGCAUCUGUUGUCAAACUAAUGUUGCUCUAGACCAGUGGUGUCCAAUCCUGCUCCUGGAUGGCCACUGUCCUGUAAAAUUUAGCCCCAAUCCCAAUUAAACACACCUGAAGCAGCUAAUCAAGGUCUUCUAGGAAUACUAGAAACUUCCAGGCAGGUGUGUUGUGACAAGUUAGAGCUAAACUCUGCAGGACAGUGGCUCUCAGGACCGAGUUUGGACACCCUUGCCAUAGACGAACUGACCUAGCUAUUACCAUUGUGGAAACUGACGGAACUCUGUAUACUCUGUGAUUGUUGAAAUGUCAGCAAGUGUACUGCCAUGAAAUUGUGCAUGCAAUGCAUAUAAGGUUGAGCAUAUAAAGCACUCAUAUACAGAACUUCACAUACACAGAUAUUGUCACAUUUCUAUUCUGCAUAAAGCAAAUGUAUUUAUUAUUGUUUAAGACUUUCUAGGAAUUCAAUAAAGCUGAAAGCCUUUGAUUAUUUUAGGCCAAAUGGAACUACACGAACUCUAUUAAAGGGAUAGUUUACAUAAAAAGGGAACUCCUGUCAUCAUUUACUCACCCUCAUGUCAUUCCAAACCUUUUUUGUUUGAUGCACAAAUAUCAGAAUGUUAACCUGUAUCCAUUUUCAUUGUUUUUUAAACAAUAGAACAGCUUCACCAUUCUAGUAGAUGACUCCAAUUGUGUAAUUGAGUAAGUGAUGACAGAAUUUUUAUAUUUUUGGGUGAAGUAUUCAUUUAAAAGCCCUUUUAGUAUUAUGAACAAAGAGAGAGGGAAGAAAGAGAUGUUUUAAGAUGAGUCUCAAACAUGUUGUAAAUUAAUGUGUGUUAUUUUCCAUACAUGGAAAUGAACAUGAAUAUAUCAUGCAAGAAUACACACUCUCUGGCCUGUUUUGCUUUUGUGCUUGAUUGUAAAUAAACAUUGAUUUUCCUUAUAGUUUAAUGUAUUUUUUAAUAAAUAGGCGUACUAUCAGGAAGGUGAAAUGCGUCUUUUAUUUUCUGAUUAUUUGUAUUAUUUUUUAAAUAUAUUCAAAAUGUUUCCCCAGACGCCCUUAAGUGUUCUACCUCUAUUUAACACAAGGUGUCGCUGUAAAUUAACAAAUCAACAAUAUUCGAGUUGUUAAACGACAGGGACGCUGUUGGAACGCAUGCAAAUUCCAGCCCACCCUGAACACCUGGACCUGGCCAAGGCUUGCAAGUCUUUCUUUUGACAGACAGGUGUGAUAGUGUGAACGAGCUGCCCCAGAGGGGGAUAAAGAAUGACCCCAAACUGUGAUGCUUCAGGGCCGUUCCACUGGGUGCUCUGCUUUGCUUGUGUCAGUCCUCAUCAGACCUCAUCAGCUUGAUUUGGAGAUUUCAUUCUCACUUUCAGGAAAACCUUAGCAUGGGAAGUAAAGCUGCAGAUUGCAGAAAGGUACUGAACAGCAGCACUGGUCAAGUGUCAUAUUCAGAUGUCCCACUCAGAUGUCCCACAUCAAAUACUCUCUGAGCCCGAUUGGGAGGGAACAAAAGUGUGGGGUGGAAAAGGGAGCAUGUGAGAUGAUGGCUGUGUUUACGAGUGCGCGGAGCCCGGCUGGCUGGUCUGGGUUCAGCCCGCGGUCACUGGUUCUGGGGUCUCCGGGUCUCAGGUCCUUUUUGAAAAAGAUCCAUGAAGCAGAAUUAAAGUGAUCUACCUCCGGACUGUGGACCCAGGGCUUUGGAACCAGGGAAGGAGGAGGGCACAGAGGCUUGAUAGAAGAGGGGCAGAGGGGUUAAGCUCAGAAACAGGGAUUGGGAAAGGGAGGGAGAGUUGGAAUUGGGGAGUUAUGCAUAAUCAGUCUGGCCUCAGCUACUUUGAAAUGAACCUAAAUUGUUUGUUCUGUGAGCUAAUACAGCUAGCAUGUGAGCACACACACAAAAGAGACACAAGGUCAUAAACUUUACACUUGAGACUGAAACAUGUUUUUUUUAUAUAUAUAAUUGAUUUGAGGAAAUGUUGUACCUGGCAAACAAGCCGUCUGCAAAGUUUUUAAUGAAUGUCACAUUUUUUGUAGUUUUGUAUUGCAUUUUUUUUUUUUAUCUAACUUGAAAUCUUUUUUUUUUUUUUUUUUUUUUUUUUUAAAUCUAACAUGAAAUCUAUAGAUUCGUUUACCAUGGUGAAAUGGAAGUCUAAUUAAAUGUUUUUUUUCCCCCUCACAUUUUGUUUCACACUUUAGACUGUGAUUAAUCAUUUGUCACUGCAGGCGACUUACUCUGUUUCCACAAUUAACUGCUUUCUUCCCUGUUAGAGCAGGUUUUUUCAGUCUAGGACAUUUUGACUGAAGAUUUAGACCAGUGACUCUUAAAGACUUAAUUAUACGGUUUUACUCGUGAUAAUUAUUUUAGAUUAGUGUUCUAUGCAGGAUGGUACAUCUGACUCACGUGAGAUGAGCUGCUGUGUUUCAGAGAUUUCACAAGAAAGCUAAUUAAACCUUUUCAUUUUCUCAGCAACUACAUUUAAGUACUUUUUAGGAUUUAUUUUUGCAUUCAGGGUAUUCACGUAAUCAGAUCUGUUCAUAUCCAGAGAAAAUCAUAAAUAAACAAGAGCAAAAAAGAGCUUAUUUGCCUUAAAAUAACAAAUAUGUUCCCUCAUCUAGCAUAAAUGAUAGGUUCUUUUUCCUCAUCCCCCUCUGGGCCACACUGAAUGUUGAUGGUAAAUGUACCCAUUAAUAUAUUCCACACUGUGAGUCGGCUUCAGCACUCCUGUCUGAUUAUACCUCAUUUAGUCAUUUAAUCUGUUGUAUUGAAUAGAAAUCCUGUAAAAUACCUGAAAUUAAAUACAAUAAUAACAGCUUCACUGUCCGCGACAGUCAAGUGUACAGCUCAGCAUUGUGUUCAACAACAACAUGGCUAUGAUUGAUUUUUAAUUCUAUUUUUUUUUAAAGUUUAGUUUUGUAGUUUUCAUGUUUAGUUUACUUUUAAAUUUGUAAUAGUCAUUUUAUGAACAUUU